AUGUGGGGAUUGCUGUUGGGGAAUCGACCAAGGCAUUUCGCCCUUUUCUGGAUGGCCUCAACGAUUGGGAUUAUGCUGAUUGGAACAACGAUUGCUCAAGCACAACAACCUGUCAUUGAGGCGAUCGAGGAUGGGCAGGUAAUCGAUCAAGAUCAUGACUACAUUGAGCCAAUCCCGUUUAACUAUCCACAACCUGUGGCACCUCGAGUUGAAGCUGAAAACGAUCACGAGCUGCAGGCACCAUGUUGCGGAAGCGCGGCACAUCUCGACAAUUUGCACUAUCUGAUUGUUGCUACGAUGGACGGAACGAUUCGUGCGCUAGAUGUGGAGAGAAACGCGGAAAUUGCUUGGGAUGGGAAUUUCGAUGCACAACCAUUAAUGGCCGGCACAUUGGGAAGAGUUCAACCGAUGACAGCUGAGGGUCGAGAUUUUCACUUGGUGCCGGCAUUGGACGGAUCGCUUUACAUGUAUAGUGUAAAUGAGAGGAUUCUGGAGCCGAUUCAGCUGAAUACCGACUCAUUGUUGCAGGCUUCACUCAAAUUGGGAAGCGAGGCGGUGGUCGGUGGGAAAACCGUUUCAACAACGGGAGUCGAUCCAGUUACUGGGAAGGUACGAUACCAUUGUGAUAUGGGAAAUUGCGAGAAGAACACUAACGAGGAUCAAAAUAAUAUUGCACACGCGACACUGGUGUUCAAACGAUCUGGGCACGCGAUUCGGGCACUGGAUGGGUUCACUGGAAAUGAGAGAUGGAAUCUAUCAGUGGCUGAAUAUGAAGCCUCUUUGCUUCUUCGCAAUCAAGAUCAAACGGGACAUUCUGCAAAAACUCCGUUGUCUUUCCGAGUCAGUCCUCCUGAAGGAAUUAUCACCGCUUAUGACAGUUGUGGAGCCGAGCGCUGGACGAUCACUGUCGAAAAUCACGUCGCUCACAUGUGGGAGUUAAAGAAUAGCGAGCUUAGAGAGAUCUCACUUUUUGAAUCGAAAAACAUCCACACCUUGUCAGCUGAAGAUGAACUGGCUCAACGAAGAAAGGAGCCGCUUCUGGACUCGCAAUCGCUUCUUUACUUGGGUACUUCAAACAAUCAGCCUUUUAUCAUUCACUCUCCAAAUCUGAAAGCCGAGUCGACGAUGAGAUUGGCUACAAGAUCAACUAGAGACAGCCAUGUCAGUUCUCGCGGGCAACUCCUUCCAGCUGUGCGAAACACGUACAUCGUUGAGCCAACAAGUCUGGUUGAAAUGCUGACGACAUCAUAUGAAAAUUCUGUAUCACGAAGAAUGAGAACAAGAACUGAGGAAAUAAAUGAUGAACAUAAUAAACAAGUGGCAUUGAGGGGAAGUCGAGAGGUACAAGUGGCUGCUGGGGAAAGGAGAGAUGAUUGGCCGACUAGAAGCUCGUGUCCAAAUGGAGAAGGAAUUGCGCUGAUCGGUCAAUCCGAUAUCAGAAGUGCCAAAUUUCCGGUACCAUUUGAUGAGGAAGGCUCUACUGUUUCAGACGACGGUUAUUUCAUCAUGAAACACUCAUCACCCAGAAGGGGUUGGUUCCCACGAGAUCGGUUUGAGCAACAAUGUGGAACGGGAUUCGUACCGAGAUUGAGGAGGCAAUUGAGAUUAGAUGAGACUGUCAGCGGAUGGUGGAGAGUCAUCGCUUUACUUGUAAUCUCAUGUCUUGGUGUGCUGAUCGUUCCGAUUUGGAAGAUUGUAAAGAGGGUGAAAGCCGCGCGGCAAAGAAGAGCCAUUGAAAGAAAUGUUGUAACGGAAGUCCAAGAAUCGACAACUUUGGAAGAAAAUGGAGAAAAGUCUGAAGAGCCAGCUGCUCGAAUCAUCGCCCCAUCAACCUCCACAUCAACCGAUCUCUCUUCACCCGGUUUAAUCCGUCAAAGAGCAAAUCAAAGUGGUUCUGAAGCUCAAUUUGAAUCGAAAUUUUUACAAGACUACGAGGUGUUGCGUGUGCUCGGCAAAGGUGGCUAUGGAGUGGUGUUUUCGGCGAGGAACAAAAUGGAUGACAUUGUUUAUGCGAUAAAGAGAAUCGCUGUCUCUGAUGAUCCGAAAGCGAUUGAAAGGGUUCAGAGAGAGGUGAAAACAAUGGCCCGUUUCGAUCAUCCAGGCAUCAUUCGAUACUAUCACUCAUGGAAAGAGAAUCCGCCACCAGAAUGGCAGGAAGAAAACGAUCGUCAACUCUUGAAAGCCCUCAAAAGGCAGCGAGUGAGAAGAGAUCAUGGAGAAGAUUUCACCGAAAACACCCAUAGUAUCUCAAUUCCACUAGCUGUUGGAGCAAGUUGUAAAUCGGAUGAACACACCGAUUUCCCCGAAGAUCCGCAACCGAGUUUUGAAUCAAACUCCGGGAACAGCCUCGAGAUCUUGGUGAACAAGCAUCAAAAGCUCGCUGUGGGGUUGGAAGAUCCACCAGCCGAUCCAGACCAAAAUGGAGACUCGGAUGAAUCGUGGCUGGAUUCGGGAGAUGGAGCAAAGACGGAUCGAGCCUCAUCAACAUCAACAGAUAGCUCGGAUGAUGAAGCCUCGAGUGAGGAUGAAGAAGAAGCUUUAGAUGGGCAAGAGCAUCUCAAAGAGGACUCGGACAGUGUGGUGUUCGAGGUGAGUCAGCAGAGAUUGGCUGUGAAUCGAACAAGGCAACAGUCAACCAAAUCCACGUCGUCCCAAGAAGCCUCAAAGAUCAUCGAACCACCAGCAAUCAUUGUCACCUCGCAAAACAACGAUUUGUUGCCGUCAAGAGUACGGAAGACCAAAUAUCACGCGUACAUCUACAUUCAGAUGCAGCUCUGUCAAUCUCGUACUCUAUCGGAUUGGUUGAAAGCGAAUUCUACCCACGAAUUGAGAGAGCUUGCAAGAAUGAGAAGCUGGUUUGAGCAACUUGUCAGAGCCACUGAAUACAUUCACAAUCAAGGGCUAAUCCAUCGGGAUAUCAAGCCUCAAAACAUUUUCUUUGCAUCCGACGACGUGUUGAAGAUUGGCGAUAUGGGAUUGGUGUCGAAGAAUACGGGCAGCUUGGAGGCGAUUGACGAUUGUGAUUCCAACUCAUCAGCUAGUGAAAACCCUCUACACACGGGUGAUGUGGGCACAAAGAGCUACAUGAGUCCGGAACAGUUAGCCCAUCGACCCUACACGAACAAAGUCGAUGUGUUUUCACUUGGGAUGAUUUUCGUUGAGAUGAUUAUCCCAUUCUCGACGACAAUGGAACGAUUGACUACACUCGGUCAAUUGCAGAAAGGGCGGAUACCGAAAGAGUUGGAUGAGUAUCCAAAAGAGAAAAGCUUCGCCGCUUGGCUUUGCGCCAAGGAUUCAUCAAAAAGGCCGACAUGCGGGGAUAUUCUUGCAAAUGAAUACCUCAUCGAACAUAAAAAC